UAUGUUAUAAGGACUCAAGAACACAAUUUCUGCUUUCUUCAUUUUGAAACACUAGGGUAGAGUGUUGACUAGAAGUACGAAAUUACUUAAGUGAACUCUUUCUUGACAGGGUGGUGCAAAUGAUGAGUUCUAUAUCAUUCAAGUUUAAUCACAGACUUGCCUCUGUGAGAUGGACUGUUUCAAUCCCAUUGAUUGAAAGCUCAACAAAAGCUGUUAGGUUACUUAGUUUUACAUAUUUCCGCUCCAGAACCUCUGAACUCUGCCAGCGGAAGUCUCACUAGUAACGAAAUUUGCUAGGGUACUCUGAAUGGAGGUUACUUCUAGAUGAUAUUGUGUCAGUGGACAUCUCCCUGCUUCGCUAUCCUGAUAUAAGUCCGUCGUUUGCUCGAAGGAUCGAAACACCCGGUGAUUAUCUACAUGUCAGACCAAUCCGUCUGGUUUCAUAAUCCUCCACCGUGUAGCUUCGUAGCUAGGGAACAUACAAUAAGACAACUCAUUAGCACCAACAGAUUAUAGUGUAACUAUGGGAGAUGCCAGUGCGUCCAUAGCUCCAGCUGUAAGCACCGCUGGCAAAAAGACCAGUAUCAUCAGACGUCAGAAAACAAGUUAUAUGGUAGGCGGCCCCGUGGCGUGGCGUAGCUGCAAGCAGAUAAAAUUGUCUACCGAAGCUGAAUAUAUCUCAUCUUCCGAAGCCGCCUACGAGCUUGUCCACCUCCGGGAGCUGCUAGGUGAUGCCGGAUUUGUCCUCUCCCACUGAAAUAAUUUGGAUGCUGAAGAUUGCCCUAUUACAACCCACACCCACACCCGCUGUCGAUGAUCUGGUUCAUACAAUUCAUGCUGAUAGUAAGUCCAUCAUAGAAAUAUCCUCUAG